AAGGAGGGUUGGUUGAUAUCUCCCGUCUACUUGAUUUUCAGAAUUUGGUGUUGCAAAGUGGUUUAAUGGACGCGGGAUUUAUUGGGAAUCCAUUCACUUGGAGCAAUAAUAGGACGGGACCUGCGAGGAUUUGGAAGCGUCUUGAUCGGAUCCUGGUUAGUCCCUCGUUUCACCUUUCUUUUCCAAAUUUGAAGGUCGUUCAUUUGGAGCGCACUUUGUCCGAUCAUGCGCCUUUAUGUGUGAGUUUUGAGCAGCUCCUGGAUUCGGUUCGAACCAGAUUUAUUUUUCAGCGUAUGUGGGUAGAUCAUAGCUCUUUUCUAGAGAUAGUCAAGAAGGCGUGGACUAUUCCCGUAUUUGGGUCUCCGUCGUAUAUUUUUCAGCAGAAAAUGCAUAAUGUCAGGCGUGUUCUUAAGCGGUGGAAUUGGGAAGUGUUUGGUGACCUACAAAGUAAUAUCAAAGCUUCUCAACAAACAAUUCAAGCGUUUGAAAAUGAGCUUCAACAGGGCUCGAAUGACGAGAUUUCGGGGCAUCUUGUGGAGACUAAGAAACAUCUUAAUCGUCUCGAAGACUGGGAAGCGGAGAUGUUAAGUGCCAAGGCUCGACUUGCAUGGGAGAAGGAUGGGGAUCGCAACACCGCUCUUUACCAUGCGUGCAUCAAAGAACGGUGCAAGCGUUCGACCAUUCAAAUUAAGAGAGAGGAUGGAUCCAUUACGACUGAUCCUAACGAAAUAGGUGCUAUAGCGGAAUCUUUUUUCGCUAAUCUUUUCAAGGCGUCGGACUAUCAUAUGGACUAGACUUUAUUCUAUGAGGUUACUACUGUGGUGAGUAACUCCUUAAAUGAAAAUUUUUGCAGAGUUCCGGAUCUAGAAGAAAUUCUCAACGCUAUUAAGGGACUGAAGGCGUCUAGUUCUCCCGGCAAUGACGGAUUCACGGGGUAUUUUUA